GCGGUGCCUCCACACACCCCUCUCCUUACCGUGCCGGGGCAGGAAAGGCCGAUAGACGCUCAGCCCUCGGGGCUGCCUGGGUUGGGCCGGCUUUGGGAAGGCGGGGCUCCGUUGUGCUCCUGUCUGCGGUCAUGUCGGGCUCGGAGCGGGAGCGGCUGGCAGGCCAUGUCCAGCUGGAUAGCAGACCUACAUUAACCCCCACAGAUGGGAAUCAGAACAUCACAGAAGUAGAUGCGCUUGAUAUGAGACAAACAUUUGAUCCUGCACUGCAAUACAAAAUGAACCACCAAAGAAGAGGAAUUGCAUUAAUCUUCAAUCACGAGCACUUUUUUUGGCAUUUAAGGCUGACAGACAGACGUGGAACUCUUGCAGAUAGAAACAGUCUGAAACGCAGUUUGACAGACCUUGGAUUUGAAGUCAGACUUUUUGAUGAUCUGAAAGCACAUGAUGUGCUGCAGAACAUUUAUGAAGCCUCUAAGGAUGACCACAGUAAUGCUGACUGCUUUGUUUGUGUGUUCCUGAGUCAUGGUGAGAAUGAUCAUGUUUAUGCAUAUGAUGCUCAGAUCAAAAUUGAGACAAUCACAGACAUGUUCAGAGGAGACAAGUGCCAGAGUCUGGUAGGAAAACCGAAGAUAUUUAUCAUUCAGGCAUGUCGAGGUGAUAAACAUGAUGAUGCAGUUAUUGCUUACGAUUCGACAGACAGUAGCAAUGAAUCCAUUGUCAAUGAGACUGAAGUGGAUGCAGCUGGUGUCUAUACCCUGCCUGCUGGUGCAGACUUCAUCAUGUGCUACUCUGUGGCGCAAGGUUACUUUUCUCAUCGUGAAACUGUCAACGGCUCCUGGUACAUUCAAGAUCUGUGUGAGACACUUAGGAAGCACGGCUCUUCCUUGGAGUUCACAGAACUUCUUACUGUCGUUAACAGGAAAGUAUCUCAACGCAAAGUGGAUAUGUGCAGAGACAUUCAUGCUGUAGGGAAAAAACAGAUUCCGUGUUUUGCCUCCAUGUUAACUAAAAAGCUGUAUUUUCAUCCAAAAUCUAAGUAGAUCGUUACUUAACAAUGACAACCAUUAAUUAGUAUUCACUGCAGAAGUGAAAAACAUGCCAUUUUAGUUGAGGAGACCAGUAUACUGCAAGGUUGUUGUAAAAACACUGGGAUCAAAUGUUAUACUUUGUACUCAUAAUAGUUUCUAGAAAUCUUAAAGCAAUUUUAAAGCUAGGAUUCCAGCUCUUCUCAGGGAAGUUGGGAAAAGUUGACUGAUGCAAAACUACAAAGAGGUGCUCCAAUUUUAUUGAAAUUGGUACUCUAGACUACUUUUUUUUUUCCUUAAAAACUUUCUGGUUUAUUGCCAUCUAACUGUGGCACACUUUGCUAUUCCUAAAACAUUUCAAAUGUUGUAUUAGAGUAGCUCGUCUUGCUCCAAGAGCACAGUUGACAGAAUAUGUUUAUAGAGCAUCUUUUUAAAUCUGUGGACAGUAGUAUCCACCUUCCACUUUUUGUGGAUUUAUCAAGGUUUUUAACUAUUUUUUAACAUUUUCUGAACACUAAAUGGAAACUGAAUUCCUUGAGUACAAUUGUAGCAUGAAUAUAGAUAAAGGGCUUCUUUUUGCUUGCACAUCGUUUACAUUUGAGGCACAAUUACAGCUUGCUGGUGCUUUGCAUCCUCAGGAGAAAAGCAAGCAGUAGUGAAAUGAGACCACAUACAGCCACGUAUGGCUUUGGGUAAGCUCACCUUGUACGUACCUCCAGAGCGAAAGCAAAUCAUUUCAAGGUUCCAGGUUCGCUUACAAGUGCUGGACAUCUCUAGGCAGCUCUGCAAAAUACAACACACCCAAACCUUCGUACUUCAGGCCUUAGUGUUGGAUCAGCCUCCUCCUCCCCUUGGCCCCAGAGGAGAUCAGCUGUCCUCCUCUAGGGGGGCUGGACUAGAUGAUCUCUAAAGGUCUCUUCUACCCCCUACCAUUCUAUGAUUCUCUGUCAUUGUGUACAUAGAAGGGGCAAUGAUUUGUCACCAUAGGACCUCUCACCACAGGACUGCAGCUACUCCAGCAUCAGUAAUUUCAGGGACACUGACUAGAAGCAAGCAUUUCUCCAUUAUCUUUCACAUUAUUGGUGCAUAUGCUUAACCUGGGGACAGUGGAGAACUCAAGAUGAGAAAAGUGUCUUAAUCCAUCUUCUUGACUAUAAUUCAUUUACUGGCUGUGCUUUAGUUAAAUCUUUCCAUAUAUUAUGUUCUGAGUCAAUAGACGCUAAAUCUUACUAUGACUACUUUUAAGCUUUGUAUAAAUCACGUAUGUUGAAUGUUUUGGUAAUUUCAUUCAAUAAAAUGCAACAGCGAAACAUAA